AUGAUAAACAAACUAAGUAUUUAUAUUACCUGCCAAGCAUGCAAACGAAAAGUUAACGAAAUGUCCCAACAGAAAUCACUCAAAUGUAAAAACUGUGGAGUACGACAGAGGCAAGCAGAGUGCAAGCGAGAUGCAUCUGUGCAACUACUUGUACAUUUGGAUGACAAAGAUGUGUGGUUAACAGCAUUUACAGAUGUUCUGGAGUCCCUAUUCGCCACCCACCCAACUAUCUCCCUACUAAGUGACUCAGAUACCAUUGAAGAACUGCUAAUGGAUAUAACAGACAUUGAGUUCACAAACAAU